AUGGUGACCCUCACAACCCCGCCCUCCGUCUACCCCGACCACUACGACUUCCCCCCCUUCUUCACCAGAUACCCAAACGAAACAACCUGGACCGCCCAGCGCACAAUCUGGGCCACCUUCAUCCUCGACUACUGCCGCCACCACCGCCUCUGGCGCCUGUACGUCUCUGACGCCCUCGAGACCGACCUCUUCUGGAACCAGAAGCUCUCCCGACGGCUGUCGCCGAAAGACGCAGCGGCGAUACUGGAGUGGAUGGCGGGCGAGGGCAUGAUCGCGUGGGACGGCGCGGCGGCCGUGGUGUAUUGGCGCAGCGCGGAGGAAUCUCGGAGGGGACUUGACGGUUUCGCAAGAGUUCCAUGGCAUUGA